AUGGGCGGAUGGAAACACUACGAAGAUGCUGGUACUCCUGUUCAUGGUUGGAUCUGGCACUUUUUUGACAUUCUUAUUUCACUUAAGAUCUCUCUCGCCUAUAUCUUUAUAUAUUCACUUAAUUAUAGACUCCGACAUGCCCAUUGCUCUGUUAUAAAAGCCACUCUUAACCUCACCCAACUUGAAACUAGUCAUACUCUAACAUUCCAAAAUACUAGUGGUGGUGCUACUACUGUUCAAACGGUCAUAUAUGAAGUCGGUGAUCAAUCAGCUGACAUCACUAGUAUCAAAGGCCAAUCUAGUGAUGCCACCAUCAAUCUAACUCUAAAAUUAGGAGAAGUUACCCUCAAACUCGCAGGUGGUGCUGGUAAUACUCUCACAGCCACUGGUUCAAUAACCACCACAAAGACAGUCUCCAAUCCUAGUAGUGGUCUCAAAAACAUUCAUGAACUAAAAUUCACCAGCAAUAGUCUCACUCAAACAGGUCUUCCUAGUGGUACUGUAACUAUUGGUCCCAAUGAAGAUAAAUAUAAGACACUAACUCUCGUUGCCAGUGAUGAUGGUAAACCUACCAACCUUACUCUAAAACUAGCUCCUGGUAAAACAUCCGAUGGCGGCGGUGAAAAUACCAGUCUGACACUCAACAAUGACAACAAUACUCUCACCCUCGAAGGUGUUAUCGAAGGAACACUCACAUACGAUAGUGGUAAUGGUACUCUAACUGGCACCAUCAUCGCUAGUGUCAAAUAUAACCUCAAUGACUUCCAUGACACAUAUAAAAUAAAAUACUGA